AUGACUUCGAGGCAGAGUGAGCCUAUUGCCAUUAUUGGCAGUGGUUGUCGGUUUGCUGGGGAUGCCAGCUCGCCAUCCAAGCUCUGGGAUAUCCUGCAAAAGCCCAAAGACCUUCGACGCGAGAUCACGGAUCGCUUUAACAUCAACAGUUUCUACCAUCCAGACCCAUUACACCAUGGUCACACCAAUGUUAAACAUGCAUACCUUUUAGAUGAAGACCUCGGAGGCUUUGAUGCCGAAUUCUUCGGUGUCAAACCCGUUGAAGCCAAAGCCAUUGAUCCCCAACAACGACUUCUAAUGGAGGUAGUAUACGAGGGAUUGGAAUCAGCUGGCAUGGAUAUCACUGAUCUGAGAGGCAGUAACACCGGCGUCUAUGUCGGUGUGAUGGUUGGCGACUAUGGGACAAUGUCUCUCCGUGAUAUGGACCAAACCCCGACAUAUUAUGCCACCGGUACGGGAAGGAGUAUCCUUUCCAAUCGAAUAUCAUACUUCUUUGACUGGCACGGCCCAUCCAUUUCUAUUGACACAGCAUGCUCAUCCAGUCUGAUCGCGAUCCACAUGGCCGUACAAUCUCUUCGAAGUGGCGAAAGUCAUAUGGCAGUUGCUUGCGGGUCGAAUUUGAUCCUGGGUCCAGAAAACUUUAUCAUAGAAAGCAAGUUGAAGAUGCUUUCUCCGGAUGGUCGUAGUCGUAUGUGGGACGAAGGCGCCAACGGUUAUGCUCGUGGAGAGGGUGUAGCCUCCGUCGUGCUAAAAACUCUCAGUGCUGCCAUUGCGGAUGGUGAUCAUAUUGAAUGCGUAAUACGAGAGACUGCCACAAAUCAGGACGGCGCUACAAAUGGUAUCACAAUGCCUAGCGCCACGGCCCAGGAGUCCUUGAUUCGAUCCACCUAUGCGAGAGCAGGAUUAGAUUUACGAGUUCCCAGCGAUCGACCACAAUAUUUCGAAGCUCACGGCACUGGUACUCCAGCCGGCGAUCCAAUUGAAGCUGAAGCGAUACACAAUGCCUUUUACAGUUCCUUAGAUGGUGGCGUGAAGCUGAAUUGUGAGGGCCUUCCACUUUACGUCGGGUCCAUCAAGACCGUCCUUGGACACACCGAGAGCACUGCAGGUAUUGCAGCUGUCCUCAAGGCAUCCGAAGCCAUCCGCCAUGGAGUUAUCCCACCAAAUAUGUUAUUUGAGAAACUUUCAGACAGUGUCAGGCCCUUUUACCAGGGUUUGGAAAUUCCAACGGCUGCCAAGAAGUGGCCACAGGUUCAGGAAGGUCCCCGGAGAGCUAGUGUAAACAGCUUUGGCUUUGGUGGCUCGAAUGCUCAUGCUAUUCUAGAGAGUUAUAACGACAAGGGGUCAAACGAUUCUUAUAAUCAAACUCUAUAUGGUCCUCUGGUUUUCUCUGCAUUUUCAGAGAAGACACUUCGCCAGUCCUUAUUUGCCUAUGCCCAGUACUUGGAGACUGACGGCGCGUCGCUCAAUAUAGCACAUCUGGCAUAUACCCUACGCAAGCGACGGACUGCUUUCUCUUACCGGCUUUCAGUUCCGGCGUCAUCGAUCGAAGACCUCAAACAAAAGUUACUGUCCAAAUUGAAAGAUGAAAACACUUUAGUUGGUAUUAAAGCUUUACCAAAAUCUAAAAAUGGCAACGCAAAACUUCUGGGUAUUUUCACCGGUCAGGGAGCACAGUAUGCCCGCAUGGGUGCUGAGUUGAUUGAGAAUAAUCCAGUGGCGCGACAAAUUAUUCUGAAAUUGGAAUCUCACUUGUCUAGAUUACCACCCGGGGACCGUCCUACCUGGUCUCUCGAGAAAGAGCUCCUUGCUUCACCUGAGGUGUCUCACAUUGACGAUGCAGUGCUGUCUCAGCCACUCUGCACUGCAAUACAAAUACUACUCGUCGACAUGCUUCGAAUGGCCGGUGUUGAACUUGAUGCAGCUGUCGGUCACUCAUCUGGUGAGAUCGCUGCCGCGUACGCAGCUGGUUAUUUAACAGCUAGGGAUGCCAUCUACAUUGCUUACUAUCGUGGCUUACACGUCCAAUCUGCGGUAAGCCCCAACGGUACCAAAAUAAAUGGCGCCAUGGUCGCAGUGGGGAGCUCCAAGGAAGAUAUGGAUGAGCUGUGCAACGAUGAGAUGUUUCAAGGGCGCUUAAAUGUCGCAGCUAACAAUUCAACAUCGAGUGUAACUGUUUCUGGUGAUGAGGAUGCGAUCGCAGAACUUCAGGUCAUCUUGGACGAUGAGAAGAAAUUCAACAGAAGACUUCGCGUUAAUACCGCGUACCAUUCCAACCACAUGCUUGCGUGUUUCGAUCCAUAUGUUGCAUCACUCCGUCGAUGUAAAAUCACACCGCAAAAAUCGAAUGGUAAAUGCGCCUGGUACUCAAGCGUAACUAAUAGGCUAGUCGAUCACGAUAUGUCUCUUGGGGAUGUUUACUGGGCGGAAAAUAUGACGAAGCCCGUCUUGUUCUACGACGCUCUCAUUACUGCGCUCGCAUCUGAUUCGUACGACGUGACUCUGGAAGUCGGUGCUCAUGCAGCUCUUAAGGGUCCUACAUCUCAAACAAUCCAAGAAAAUCAAGGAAAUGAUAUUCCUUAUUGUAGUCUACUCGUUCGUGGAACGAAUUCGCUUGAAGCUACCUCGGCUGGGUUCGGGUACUUGUGGUCCUAUCUCGACAAGUCACUGGUCGAUCUCAACAGCCUCGAAAUAGCGAUGAACGGCGGCAACGAUCAAUUCAAAGUUGUCAAAGGUCUUCCGACCUACCAGUGGAAUCAUGAGCGUAGCUAUGUCCAUCGAACUAGAGCGUCUCGAAAAAUUUAUCAGACGCAGGAACCUUUCCACCCAAUGUUGGGCCACAUCACCCCGGACAGCGCCCCUCAUCAAAUGACUUGGAAAAACCUUCUACGCGAAAGCGAAAUGCAAUGGCUAUCCGGACACAAAGUUCAGAGUCAAACAGUUUUUCCUGCUGCUGGUUACUUGUCAUCUGCUAUGGAAGCCUGCCGUCGCCUGGCUGAUUCUCUCAACCAAGAAAUCCGCCUGAUCGAAAUUCGCAAUUUUGUUAUCCAUCAAGCUAUUGCCUUUGAUCAAGAUCACCCCGAUAUUGAGGUUUUGAUUCAGAUGGCAAAUGUCACUCAUGAGCGUAAAAACAACAUCUUGGCAAAUUUCACUUACUCGGCAGUUCUCGGCGCUGGUGCUGACGACUUCACUUUGGCGGCCAGCGGUGAUGUUGAGAUCCUUCUUGGUGAACCUUCUACAUCGCUUUUGCCUACGCGCCCAGCACCACUUCCACACGUCAUUGACGUUGAGGCGGAUCGUUUCUACGGCGCCUUGGCUGAUCUAGGUUACAACUUUAGUGGUAGAUUCCGUUCCUUGACUUCACUUCAAAGAAAGCACUACCGUGCCACUUGCUUCGUGAAGAUGCAGCCAUUUGAGGAGGGUGAAGUGCCUUUGCUGAUUCACCCAACGGAGCUUGACGCCGUAUUACAAUCUAUCAUUCUUGCCUACAGCUAUCCAUAUGACGAACAAUUACGUACAAUUCACUUACCCACCUCCAUCCAGCAAGUCAGAAUCAAUCCAGCACUUUGCAACGCAACCGCCUGGCAGCAGGGACAAUUGGCCCCAGUGGACUCUGCCAUCGUUCCAAGCAAGCCGGAUGAGAGGGGAAUUACUGGACACGUUCAACUCUACUCUUAUUCCGAUCCACACGCUGCUAUCCAGGUCCAAGGCGCAAGUUUCAUGCCAUUCGGUGGAAGCACAGCAGAAGCUGACCGCAGGGUCUUUUCCAAAGCGGAUUGGAUUAGCAGCCAAUUAGAUGGGGAGGCCGCUGCCCGUGAAAUACCUCUCGGGGAAAGUCAUUGUAACAUGGUCAUUAUGCUGGAACGGAUCGCAACCUUCUAUCUCCGAAAGUUUCACCGAGAAGUGCCUGCUGACCAUCCUAUGAGAUCCGAAUUCACAACCAAGUGGUAUCUCAAUUAUGCACGAUACAUCACAGAAAUGGUAGAAACUGGUAAACACAAGUGGGCUCAGAAAGAGUGGCUAAACGAUACCAUUGAGGACGUCAAGAACUGCAGCAAGGACUUUGCUCACAUUCCAGACGUCCAGAUCAUGCAUCUUGUGGGAGAACAGAUGCCAAAUGUGUUUGAGGGAAAGACAACCAUACUUGAGCAUUUCAGAGCCAAUGACAUCCUUGACCGUUAUUAUGCUAGUGGUUUUGGUCUACGAGAGUCUGGGCAAUGGGUUAGUCGAACUGUGAAGCAACUUGUCGAACGCUUCCCACACAUGAACAUCCUAGAAGUUGGUGCUGGAACUGGUGGUGCCACCAAGGCAAUAUUCAAGGAAAUCGGGUCCAGCUUCAGAUCUUACACCUACACAGAUAUCUCAGCAGCCUUUUUCGGAAAUGCGGCUUCCAUUUUCUCACAACAUAGAGAUCGCAUGAUAUUCAAAACUUUCAAUGCUGAAAAUGAUCCUUUGAAUCAAGGAUUCACUGAAGCAUCUUACGAUCUGAUCGUCGCAUUUUUUGUCAUUCACGCUACUAGCGAUUUGGAGCGAGCCUUGCGCCACAUUCGUCGUCUACUAAAGCCAGGCGGUUUCCUUGUCGUCGGUGAAGGCCAGGAAGGUAUGAAUGGAGUUGCUAGCAGUGGCUUCAUCUUUGGUACACUUCCCGGCUGGUGGCUCGGAACUGAUACCGGCCGUGAACUAUCGCCUCAUGUCUCUCCCCAAGGCUGGGUUGACCUCCUUCACAAGACUGGAUUCGGUGGUGUAGAAUCCCAUUCCCCAGAUGCAUUUGAAGAUAUCCUCAAUGUCUUCCACUUUUCAGCCCAAGCUAUUGACGAUGAAGUUAGCUUUCUACGGAAUCCUCUUUCGACGACUUCCUGGAAGCCGUCGCACAUCCAAAAGUUGGUGAUUGUUGGUGGUCAAACACGAAGGAGCUCCCACCUCGCUACCAGCCUAAAAUCAAUCCUUGAACAGUUCGCUGAUCAAAUAAUCUCUUUUCCUUCCCUUGUCGAUGUCAAUUUUGAUGUCGUCGACGCUGAUUCAACGGUGGUGAGCUUGACUGAACUGGACCAUCCCGUUUUUAAGGAUAUAUCAGCAGAAACUUUCAACGGAUUGAAACAUAUGUUUGGGUCCGGGAAAACACUCUUGUGGAUUACAAGUGGUCGGCGUGGUGAUGAGCCAUACUGCAAUAUGACUGUGGGAUUCGGCCGAACCGCACAACAUGAAACACCUGAUCUGAACCUCCAACAAUUGGACCUUGAAGAUCCUGAGAAUGUCAGUGCCGAGGCCGUAGCCGAGAUACUGCUUCGCUUCCACGUCACAAAGGACAAAAAGGAAGAACAUCUCUGGAAUCCUGAGCCUGAGUUGGUCAUCACCAAGGAUGGGUCCUGCCUCGUCACGCGAUUGAAACCUAUUCCGGAGCUCAAUGACCGGUACAAUUCGGCACGUCGACCCAUUGUUCAAGAAAUGUCAACAGCAGACAACAAUCUCACGUUGACUUUCAAUGAAACUGGCUGCUUCCUCAAGAAACAGUCCAGAUACGAGGCUGAACUGAUUGAGCACAGCAAUCCCAAGGGCCUUGUUGACUUCCAGACUACACAUGCGGUUCUUUCUGCGCUAAAAACUCCGGUGGGAUACAGCUAUCUCGUUACGGGUCAACAAAAAAAUAGCAAUACCCCGUAUCUGGCACUGGUCUCAUCCUUGUCUUCAGUUACUAAAGCUCCAUUGACGUGCGCUAUCACGUACGACAAUGCCGGCGUAUCAAAUGUAGAACUGCUGACUAAGGUUGCCGCUCAUCUUAUUGCCAUGAAUAUCGUCAAUCCUCUCUACAAUGGUCAAACUCUACUGGUUCAUAACGCGACCGUGAGUGUUGCACAGUCAAUAGCUACACUGGCUUCUGAAAAGGGUGUUCAUUUGGUUCACACAUAUGACUCCUCGUAUGAGAAGGUCCCAGAGACUUGGAUCAAGCUUCACGACUAUCUCAGCACUCCAGAUAUCGAUGAAAUUCUGCUUACUGCACCUUCCUCGUUUGUCAGCUUUACCGAAGAAGAUAUCACUGAGAACGAAAAAUCCUUGCUAGCGACGCUUCCUGCUGACUGCCUCGUAAUGACAACCAAGAUGAUGUAUUCGUUGGUUGCAUCUGCUUCCCACGUCCCAGCUCUGCCAAUUCUCAAAGAAAGCUUGACAAAAGCUCUUCAGUACGCUCAAAAUGAAAACAAAUCUACAUCAGACGCUGAAUCCGUCACUCUCGAGAUCCUUGCCCGUGAAGGACGUCCUUCACAGCCAUUGACUAUUAUCGACUGGAACACAAACUCUUCACUGCCAGUGCAACAGGCUCGAUUAGACACCUCAACGAUGUUCAAGGGUGCAGAUAGUACUUACUGGAUCGUCGGAAUGUCUGGAGCUUUAGGUCUUUCCCUCACUGAUUGGAUGAUUAGCAAGGGUGCCAGAAACGUUGUCCUAACAACCAGAAACCCUGAUAUUGCUCCGGAAUGGCUGGCCGCUCACAAACGGAGAGGAGCUACAGUCGCCGUCUUCUCAUGUGACGUGACAAAUGAGCAAGGCAUGAACGAAAUACAUCGUAAAAUCCAAGAUACCCUACCACCCAUUGUCGGUGUCAUGAAUGGAGCCAUGGUGUUACGGGAUGUUUCCAUUCGCAACAUGUCAUAUAAGGAGCUCACUGAUGUCUUGCGACCCAAGGUCAUUGGUAGCAUCAUUCUUGAUAAGAUGUUCUAUACUACGGAUCUUGACUUUUUCGUUCUGGUUUCAUCCAUCAACUGUGUCAUUGGAAACCUGGGUCAAGCUAAUUACGCAGCUGCUAACACUUUCAUGUGCGCCCUUGCGGCUCAGAGACGUAAGAGAGGACUUCGCGGAGCCACCGUCAACGGUGGAGCUAUCAUUGGCGCUGGAUACAUGGAGCGUGAGUCUCGUAAGGCUCUGGACAUGAUUGUACAGAAACUUCACAUGAUGCGUCUCUCAGAGGAAGAUUGGAACCAGACGAUCUGCGAAGCCAUUGAUGCUAGUCGCCUAGAAUCACCACAUGGGCCAGAAAUUACUGCAGGUCUUUCAGAUGUUCCAUUCGACACGCCGAAUGCUCCAUACUGGUUCCUGAAUCCUAAGUUCUCCUCUUUCAUCGUUCAAAGCCCGACAGCAGUAUCGGACAAAGAGAAAGAGAAAACUACACUUUCUGUAAGGGAUCAACUCCAGAAGUGUCAAACAUUCGACCAAGUCCAGAAGGCUAUUGAACAUGCGUUUGCUAGCCAAUUACGACGAGUUCUUCAGGUCACGAGUUCAGACGAGGAAAUUAUGGCCGCUCACGGUGCCGACAUUGGUCUGGACUCUCUUGUCUCCGUUGACAUUCGCUCAUGGUUCUUGAACACUCUUCAAGCCAGCAUCCCGGUGUUGAAGAUCAUGGGUAAUGAGUCGAUGUCGAGUCUUGUCUCAUACGCAGUGAAUGCACUGCCUCCGGCUUUCAUUCCUGGAUUGGCUGGUGGCCAAGACGACGGAGCUGCUGACAGCACCGAUGAAAGCUCUCUACCUACUGAAUUUGAUGCGGAUUCUAUCCUGAAGGUGGACUCCCAAAUUACCACAGCACUCACGACCCCAGAGCGUAAGGCUUCACCUGCCGGGCACAAGCAAGAUCACAAGCGCUCUGCAGAAAUUGAUUGGCAAGCGGAAGCUCGUCUCCCGGUAUAUGAUCUAGACAUCCUUUCAUCAGCCACCGGUUCAUCGCCUAAAAACCCACCAGAUGUCAUCGUUCUAACAGGUGCAGCUGGACUUUUGGGACAUCACUUGCUGAACUGGUUCUUGGAGAAGACACCUGCCCGCAGAAUUCAUUGCCUUGCCGUUCGGAAUUUGUCCACUCGCCUGGCAAAGAAAGAGCUUUCAAUCAACCCACGUGUAAUCUACCACGAAGGUGAUUUGACUUUUCCUCUCCUCGGACUAUCUGAGAAGGAGGCCACUAAUAUCUUCGCGGAGGCCGAUGUGGUAAUACACAAUGGCUCUGAUACCUCACAUUUGAAAUAUUUCCCAGACAUGCGUACCGCCAAUUGCGGUUCGACAAGGGACCUUACUCGUCUGUGCCUUCCGAGACGUAUUCCUAUUCAUUACGUGUCCUCUGUUGGUGUCUGCGUGUUGUACAACCAGCCUGCCUUCCCACCAGUCCCAGUAACUGGUCCUGACUCCUUGCUACCAGCGCCAGAUGGCACUUUCGGAUACAUGUGCUCGAAGUGGGUCAAUGAGCGAUUUCUCGAACAGGUCCACGACACCUAUGGCUUGCCGGUCUACAUCCAUCGUCCCUCUACAAUUAUUCGCGAGGGUGAUGAUGCGACAAAUGUCAGGGCGGAACUUGACUGGGUAAAUGCACUCCUGCACUACGCAAACAAAAUCGAGGCUGUUCCACAAGUGAAGCACAACAAGGGCGCUCUUGAUCUCGUAUCUAUCAAAACGGCUUGUAGCGAUAUCCUCAACGCGGUCCUCGAUACCAGCAACCCAAAGAAUGUCACUUACGUACACGAGGUUGGCGAUAUUGUGCUGCCGUUGAAUGAUUUGAAGAGCAUCUCCCGUAAGGGCGGAAAGCCAUUCGAUAUGCUGCCCAUUGAGCAAUGGAUUUCAAAGGCAGUUGCAGCUGGUCUACAUCCUGCCGUUGCUGCUCUCAUUGAAAUCAUGGAUACCCCUGGAGCCCCCGAUUACCCCAGACUCCUGAAGACUGUCCCUUCCGCCUAGAAAAUAGAAAUUAUGCUUGUAUGCUUAUCGUAUGUUGGAGUUGCAGAUUUGAUGUCUUUCCUAUAUCCUGAAUGCCACUUGUGUGUUGUGCAAUUUAAAACAUAGAUUAUGUAAAGUAAGUUUUCAAGCCAACUGAUCUUUUAAUUUAGUACAUAGGCUUGAUGAAAAUAGUAGUUAAUUGUGAAUUUGAUAACUGGUAUUUGGGAAUUCUC